UUUUACAGUUUGUAGCCAGUCUCCUGUGUCUGAACCAUCUGUGUGUGUGUUUGUAUGCGUAUGCUGGUGGACUCACUCUUAAACUCUCAACAUGGUUGAUGCUUUCUGUGCGACCUGGAAGCUGGUGGACAGCCAGAACUUUGAUGAAUACAUGAAAUCACUGGGUGUUGGUUUUGCAACAAGACAAGUAGGAAAUGUCACCAAACCCACCAUCGUCAUCAGUCAUGAAGGAGACAAGGUCGUGAUUAAAACACUGAGCACUUUCAAGAACACCGAGAUCUCCUUCAAACUGGGAGAGGAGUUCGAUGAAACUACUGCAGACGACAGGAAUGUGAAGUCCACUGUAACUUUGGACGGAGACAAACUUGUGCAUGUGCAGAAGUGGGACGGAAAGGAGACCAAGUUUGUCCGGGAAAUCCAGGACGACAAAAUGAUCAUGACUUUGACCUUCGAGGGUAUCCAAGCCGUUCGCACCUACGAAAAGGCAUAACGAUACAACUCAAGGAUGCUUCCUUGGCGUCUACUCCUGGCAACUUGACAAUGUCCGAGCAGCAUUACUAUGUUUUUUUUUCAAGUAUAAACCUAGACUGUCCCCAUUUUAAUUCAUAGGACACUUUUUGUUUAACUGCUUUUUAUAUGAAACGUGUGAGUGAUGAAGUUCUGAACAUUAAACAGUUUUGUGUAAAACUGACUCAAAUACAAACUUGACAAUA